AUGGGCAUCAGAGUGCUCCACACCAACCUGACCAGCUUCUACGACUUCGAGACGUUCGACCUGGGCACUCCCUACCAUGCCGAUCCUCAGGCGUCCUUCUUCAAACUGAGGGCCAGCACUCUGAAGGCUGGGCUUGCUGCACUGACGGACUACGAAGCCAUCUUCUUCUUGGACGUGGAUGCUUACUUUUAUGCUCCACCAGACUUGGAAAACAUUGA